AUGCCAGCCGAACCGGCCCAAGCGGGACUAGACAUGGAGCACGAUGCCCAAGUCGAAGAGAUAUUGAACACGCUACGCAAUGGCCUCAGCCAGAUUGCCAAAGAUUUCCCUUGGCUCGCAGGUCAAGUUGUUCAUGAGCGCACCGGCCACGACGGUUCUGGUGUCUUCAAAAUCAAGCCCUUUGAGGAAACUCCACGCCUCGUUGUCAAAGACGCUCGACAAGAUGGCUCUAUGCCUUCCAUCGACGACAUGACAGCCGCUGGCUACCCGAUGUCCAUGUUUGACGAGACCAAAAUCGCACCGCGAAUGACCAUCCCCGGUGGCCCUGGCGAAACCGCAAAUGAUCCCGAACCUGUCUUGCUGUUCCAGGUAACACUGGCUACUGGCGCGCUGAUACUCACCUCUGCCACUGCUCAUCGUGCCAUCGACGCCAUCGGCCAGGCGCAAAUUCUACACUGGCUGUCCCAAGCAUGUCACGGUAUUCCAUCCACAGAGGAAGACAAGAUGGUAGGCAACAUGGACCGAAGAGCCCUCAUUCCCCUGCUCGAUAGCUCAUACGAUGUCGAAACCGAGUUCCGCACCUUGUGGAUCAGGCCUACCGCUACUCCAGGCAAGAACACCGACCCGUCGCCACCAUGCAGCUGGGCCACCAUCCGUAUUAGCUGGGAUGCGUUGACCAGGCUCAAAGCCGACGCAACCAAGACGAUCAGCACCAGCUUUAUAUCGACAGAUGACGCACUCACGGCAUUGGUUUGGCAGGCGAUCAUGCGAGCGCGUCAUCAUCGCAUCGACCUAAACAGAGAGGUCAGAAUGACGCGUGCAAUCGACGUGAGAUCUCAUUGCAACCUCUCCCCGAAAUAUCCGGGCUUGAUGCAAAGUCAAAAACUGAAUCGCUACCGCUUGAAUGAGCUACUGGACGCGACAGUAGGUGAAAUCGCGUCGCGGCUUCGAGCUGAGCUUGAUCCUGUCAAGACACUCCACGAGCUAAGCGGCCUGGCAACGCUGCUGGAACGAGAUGCAGACAAGACACGGUAUUCAUUUGUUGCCUCGACGGACUCCACGAUAGAUAUUAAUCUCAGCUCAUGGGCCAAGGUUGAUUGCUACGAUGAUGACUUUAACUUUGGCCUGGGCAAGCCUGUCACUGUCAUCCGCCCGCACUUUUCCCCAUACGAGGGCCUCAUCUAUGUGAUGCCUCGGUCUGCAGAGAACGGAAUGACCGUCACGAUCUGCUUGCGAGAUGACGAGAUGGAGGAUCUGAAAAGGGAUGCUAGAUUGAACGAGUACGCGGAGUUUCUAGGUUGA